AUGGCAGCAGAAAACCACACAGAUAUAUCAGAAUUUCUCCUCUUGGGUCUCUCAGAUGAUCCUGCACUUCAGCUCCUUAUCUACGGGUUCUUCCUGUCCAUGUACCUGGUCAUGGUGCUCGGGAACCUGCUCAUCAUCCUGGCCAUCAUAUCUGAUGCCUACCUGCACACCCCCAUGUACUUCUUCCUCUCCAACCUGUCCUUUGUUGACUUCUGUUUCACCUCCACUACCGUCCCAAAUAUGCUGGUGAACAUUGAAACACACAGCAAGGACAUCUCCUACAUGGAAUGCCUCACUCAGAUGUAUUUCUUCAUGAUGUUAGGUAGACUGGAUAACUUCCUCCUGACCGUGAUGGCCUAUGACCGGUUUGUGCCCAUCUGCCACCCCCUGCACUACACAGUCAUCAUGAACCCCCGCCUCUGUGGCCUCCUGGUUCUCAUGUCUUGGUUCACCAUGACUCUGGUUGCACUAGUUAAUAGUCUACUUAUAUUAAGGCUGAGUUUCUCCUUAGAAACUGAAAUCCCACAUUUCUUCUGUGACCUGGCUCAGAUUCUCAAGGUGGCCCACUCUGAUACCCUCAUCAAUAACAUCUGCUUGUACGUGUUGACUGUGUUACUGGGAGUGUUUCCUGUCAUGGGGAUCCUCUUCUUCUACUCUAAAAUUGUCUCCUGCUUAAUGAGCAUGUCCUCCACUGCAGGCAAGACUAAAGCAUUUUCCACCUGUGGGUCUCACCUCUGUGUGGUCUGGUUGUUCUAUGGAACAGGAGUUGGGGUCUACCUCAGUUCUGCUGUGACCCCUUCUUCCCAAAGCAGUGCCAUUGCCUCGGUGAUGUACACGGUGGUCACCUCCAUGCUGAACCCUUUCAUCUACAGCCUGAGGAACAAGGACAUGAAGGGGGCCCUGGGAAGACUGCUCAGCAUGGCAGCCUCUUGCCUGUGA